CAUGCAAGUUCAAGUCCCUCAUUCAAAAAAUAUUUCUUGCUUUCUCUUGCUACGCAGAUACCAAAUAAUAGGAAGCAAAAAUAAGUUAAGGAGAGAGAAUUAAUACAACGUCCCAAGCUAACAUGGCCCGCUCUUAUAAGGAAUUCGAGCCGUCGUUUGAUGAGAAACAGGAGGAUGGAUGUGUUACCGUCGUCAUCAGUCUUCCUGAAUUCAAAAAGGAUCAACUAAGAAUCCAACUGGACAACUAUGGCAAUAUGAAGAUCAGCGGGGAGCGCCAAAUCGACAGCAACAAAUGGAACCGCUUUCGCAAGUACAUUCGUGUGCCCAAGGACUGUAUCCUGAGCAAAAUCAGUGCAAAAUUUGAGAACGGAGCUCUCUACGUGACCAUGCCGAAAACGACCACUCAAGCCCGCUGGUCCACACUCGGUCGACGCGGUUUUUUAUUUGGAUUGAACAUGCCCAAGAAAAUGGUUGUGGGUGUGGUGAUAGGUACUGUGGUUGUGGUGGCACUUGGGAUUUAUGUAGCAUACAAUGUUAGAUCCCAAGAGAGAAAUGUGGAUUGAAUAUAGCAUUAUGUUUUCACUGAUGAAGCUAUUUUCUAAUUGGAUUGUACUUUGUGAUACAUCAUCAAUAUCUAAAUGUUUUUGGGUGUUUCUGCUUUCAAAAAGUAUAUAUAGGCACUAAAAAAGGACACUUUUCUGUAA